AUGCAGACGAGUGACAGGUUCAGCACAGAGGUGCCAGAACCAACCCAGCUCAGCCAAGUGGUGCCAGGACCAACCCAUCUCAGCCCAGCGGUGCUGGAACCAGAUCAGUUCAGUACAGAGGUGCCAGAACCAACCCAGCUCAGCCAAGUGGUGCCAGGACCAACCCAUCUCAGCCCAGCGGUGCUGGAACCAGACUGGCUCAACCUAGCGGUGCUGGUCACAGCUCAGCUCAGCUCAGCCCAACACAACCCUUCACAGCACUGGACUCCAUCGGAGAGACAACCAUACCCGGCCCGCAUCAGCACAGCUCAAUCAGACCCGGCCCAUCACAGCACAGCUCAACCAGACUUGGCCCACCUCAGCACCGCUUUACCAGACCCGGCCAGCGUCAGCAUAGCUCAACCAGACCUGGUCCAUUACAGCACAUCUCUACCAGAACAGGCCUGCCUCAGCACAGCUCUACCAGACCAGACCCGGCCCAUCACAGAACAGCUUUACCGAACUAGGUCCAUCACAGCACAGCACAAACAGACCCAGCACGCCUCAACACAGCUCUACCAGACCAGGCCCACCUCAACUCAGCCCAGUUCUACACAGCACGACCACUACACCAGUCUGGCAGAACACCUUUGA